UUUAAAUGUCUGGCGGCGGAAGAAAUGUUUUGCUGUCUAUGACUGAAAUGGAAGAAAUGCGCAAAUCUUGGAAAGCUUGUCGCUGAAACCAACCAAGGGAGGUUGUGAGAAGCCGCUGUAACAACAUGGUGACGAAAAGGAUCAGGUCGGAAUACAUGAAGAAAUUUAAAGAUCCUAAAUGGGAGAGUUAUUCCAGGUGUUAUGAAGAAUUAUUGAAAUAUAGACGGACCCGCAGGCUUUUGGAACAAAGUCAUAAUCCAUGGUUUUGGGGAGAUAGUGCGAGUGAUACUGAAUCUGGAAAAUCAACUCCACUGAGAAACAAUAAGGUCGAGCCUUUGGCGCUGGAGGAUGAAACGCCACCAAGACGGUCGAAAGUUCCCGAACAGCCGGUGACUGCACCCGAUCACGCGCCCGAACCUAAGGCUGGAGAAAGUCAGGAGGGUCCAGAAUCAUCUGACAGAGAUGGUGAGAAUUCUCUGGUAGAACCAGAAGUGGAAGAGAAGGGGGAGGAGGAGAGAAGUAGAUGCAGAUCUUCUCCUGUUCCUGACGUAGAGCCAGCGGUCGCGGCCAAACCCAGAUCUCGCCAACAUACUUCCAAUAAGUCCAUACGACCCAAGAGCCAACCACGCAAAUGCCAAGAAGCUAAGGACACCAAAGACAACAAGGAGAAUAGGCAUCCUUUUGCUCUGUAUGGAUGGGGUGAGAGGCAGGCCGACAUGGCUGCAAAAAAGACCCACAAUGUUGGCCCUGCUGCAUCCACCAAGGAGAUCCACGAGUCUGCCUUGCGUGCCAAAACCCGCCGGGAGGUGGAGAAACAGACGAGGAAAACGGACAAGCGCAGAGCGCGCUCAGUGGACCUCGAGAAAGUGGCCAAAAACAAAAUUGUCCCCGACUUUGAUCCCUGGAUGACGGAGUACAUGCGCUGCUUCUCGGCUAGAUCUCGGAAUGCUGCAGAUUUGAGACGCAGAGCCUUCUGAACAAACCCAUGUCCAGUAAUUAGGAGGACAAAAAACCUCAAAGUCCCCGCUUUAUAAGGGUAAAGAGUAUUUCUCAAUGUCAUAACAUACUGAAUAGCUUUUCAACACCUUUUGGGUUAAUACAGUUUGCAAUUUUGUAUUAUUUUUUAAUACUUUUAUCUGUAUGCAAAUGCAUAUUUUGUCAUGUGAAGAAUGACUUGUUGGUAUAUUCAGUUUUAAAAAAUGAUAUCAUUGGGCUUGAGUGAGGGUGUUCUUUAUCUAUUGUUUAGUGCAAUAUGAAGGGAAGGGAAAUUCUUUCCACAAUCCCUUUUUCAUGUUUAUAAUGUAUUUUGUACUUUUGAAAAAUUUUGACAUCCUGUGUGUGUGUGCUUUUAUUGUAGAGUAUUGUUAAUGAUGUGAACUGCCACAGGAAUUGGCUGUGGCCCAAUCAAUGAGCUGUCUGCUCCGUCUAAUGGCUUAGGUAAGCCAUUAUAAUGGUUGUUUAUAUGACAUCGAAGUGCUUGGAACUUGGCCUAGGAGGUCCACGGCUAUGGCAAAGUAGUGCAAAUCAAGCUCAGCUGACCUCACAAACAAAAUAAACUUGUGAA